AUGGGGACCAAGAGCCACCACCUUGGCCUGGGAUUUCUGCUCCUGCUCUUUCUCCCUGCAGAGUGCCUGGGAGCUGAGGGGAGACUGGCUCACAAGCUGUUUCGUGACCUGUUUGCCAACUAUACCAGUGCCCUGAGACCUGUGGCAGACACGGACCAGACUCUAAACGUGACCCUGGAGGUGACACUGUCUCAGAUCAUCGAUAUGGAUGAGCGGAACCAAGUGCUGACCCUGUACCUGUGGAUCCGGCAGGAGUGGACAGAUGCCUAUCUGCACUGGGACCCCAAAGCCUAUGGUGACUUGGAUGCAAUCCGCAUUCCCAGCAGCCUAGUGUGGCGACCAGACAUCGUUCUCUAUAACAAGGCAGACACGCAGCCACCAGCUUCGGCCAGCACCAACGUGGUUGUGCGGCAUAACGGCGCCGUGCGCUGGGACGCACCGGCCAUCACACGCAGCUCGUGCCGUGUGGACGUGUCUGCUUUCCCGUUCGACGCUCAGCGCUGCGGCCUGACCUUCGGCUCAUGGACUCACGGAGGGCACCAGCUGGACGUGCGACCCCGGGGCACGUCUGCCAGUCUGGCCGACUUCGUGGAGAACGUUGAGUGGCACGUGCUGGGCAUGCCGGCGCGCAGGCGCGUGCUCACCUACGGCUGCUGCUCCGAGCCCUACCCGGAUGUGACCUUCACUCUGCUGCUGCGCCGCCGAGCUGCCGCCUACGUGUGCAACCUGCUGCUGCCCUGUGUGUUCAUCUCCCUGCUGGCGCCACUAGCCUUCCACCUGCCCGCUGACUCCGGGGAAAAGGUGUCUCUGGGCGUCACCGUGCUCCUGGCGCUCACCGUCUUCCAGCUGAUCCUGGCCGAGAGCAUGCCUCCCGCAGAGAGCGUUCCACUCAUCGGGAAGUACUACAUGGCCACCAUGACCAUGGUCACAUUCUCCACAGCCCUCACCAUCCUCAUCAUGAAUCUGCAUUACUGUGGUCCUAGUGCACACCCAGUGCCUGCCUGGGCUCGGGUCCUCCUGCUGGGACACCUGGCCAGAGGCCUGUGUGUGCGGGAACGAGGGGAGCCUUGCGGGCAGUCCAAGUCACUGCAGUCAGCCCCCAGCCUCCAGCCUCCAGAAGGUCUUUCAGCAGGCCCUUGUCAUGAGCCAUGGUGUCUGUGCCAUCAGGAAGCCCUUUUGCAUCAUGUGGCUUCCAUUGCCAGCACCUUCCGCAGCCACCGGGCUGCCCAGCGCUGCCACGAAGACUGGAAGCGCCUGGCUCGGGUGAUGGACCGCUUUUUCCUAGGCAUCUUCUUCUGCAUGGCUCUGGUCAUGAGCCUCCUGGUUCUGGUCCAAGCCCUGUGA